UGCCACCGGCACUUACCUACAAUUGCCGGUCAAGUCUCGUGUUGUGGCGUGUCACUGUUAUUGGCUUCAUUACUUACUUCUCAUUUUCUUUCCACAAACAGCUUUCACUUCCCAAAGCCGCGCAAUCUAUCUAUCACUUUUGUUCCUUCCUCCACCUAACCAGAUCAACCCUAUCUCGAAUGAACAUUUGAGAGCGAUAUGGAGACUAAGGACUAUGCCAUGGGAGCUUGUAACUAUCCAUUCUUUGAUUUCUCCUCUGAAGAUAAGAGCUCUUUAGGGUUUAUGGAGUUGUUGGGUGUGCAAGAUUAUAGUCCUCUGCUUGAUUUGCCUUCCUCGUCAGAUAUGUUAGUCCCACCUCAGACUAAGAAAGAUUCUUCCGAGGUAACCAACCAGCAACCUGCGACUCCCAACUCUUCCUCCAUUUCAUCGGCGUCCAGCGAGGCGGUUCAUGAUGAACAGAAUAAAACUGUGGAUCAAGCUCAUCAACAUCAGAAGACCAAGGAACAGUUGAAGGCAAAGAAGACAAAUCAGAAGAGACAGAGAGAGCCGAGAUUCGCGUUCAUGACGAAAAGCGAGGUGGAUCAUCUGGAAGAUGGGUACAGAUGGAGAAAGUACGGUCAAAAAGCUGUGAAAAACAGCCCCUUUCCAAGGAGCUACUAUCGUUGCACCAGUGCUUCGUGUAAUGUGAAGAAACGCGUGGAGCGGUCUUUCACUGAUCCAAGCAUUGUGGUGACGACCUACGAAGGCCAACACACACAUCCAAGCCCAGUUAUGGGUCGCUCGGGAGUCUCCAACUUUGGUUCGGUAAUGUCUGGAUCUGGAAACUACAUGUCUCAAUACUAUCAACAGCAAGUCAACAUCAGUGCAUUGUCUUCUUUGGGUUUCCUUUCUUCUUCGUCUUCAAAGAAUUCCACUUUGACUCAAGAGAGACCGCUUUGCUACAGUCCAGGGGCGACUGCGUUGUUAAGUGACCAUGGCCUUCUGCAAGACGUUGUUCCUUCCCAUAUGUUAAAAGAAGAGUAGAUCAUAGCUCCAUUACUGUUUCUAUGUGAUUUCUUAUUAUUACUUUUUGUAGGAGAAUAUAGAUGAGGACUCCAUUGCUACACUGGGCAUCUAAGUUUUAGUUUUCCUUCUCAUCACGAUCAUACUUGUAAAACCCACUUUAUAUUUUUUCACAUAAAUAUAGGCCCUGGCAUGAAGAUCAGUGUAACAUGAUGGAUUUUGAUCCGGUGCAGGGAUUAGCUAGUUCCUUGUUGCCGUCUCUUGGUAGCUAGCUAUUUUCCUGUUUCCAUCCAAUAUCUUCAAUUUUAAUAGAUGGGAAAUAAAUAAAAGUAUCCGUUGGUGGA